UGGGGCUCGUGUCCCGCGGCGCGGCCGCGGCGCGGCCGGGGGCCGCGAGCGUUGUCGUCCGCCCAGGCCCGCCCGACGCGAUCCCCAACCCUAUCCCUACCCUGCCGCCCAAGGGCGUGGCUCCAGGGAGCAGCCGCUGGAACCCACAGCUGUGAGGGGACCCUUUUACAAGCUGGCCAAGAAAGGCCUCAACUCUCCAGCCCCAGGCUGAGCUGCCUGCAGAAGAGGAAAGCAGCUGUACCAGUGGCCUCUUAAAGCCUGGAUGUUUGUAUCUGUAUGAGGCCCCUUCCAGAACCCCCUGACCCUCAGUGUCCCCAGCAUGGUGCUCAAGGCUUUCUUCCCCACAUGCUGUGCCUCAGCAGACAGCGGCCUCCUGGUUGGACGGUGGGUCCCGGAGCAGAGCAGUGCCGUGGUCUUGGCUGUGGUGCAUUUUCCCUUCAUCCCCAUGCAGGUCAAGGAGCUUCUGGCCCAGGUGCAGCAGGCCAGCCGAGUGAGCAUAGCUGUGCUGGGCACCUGGUGCCACCGUCGGCAAGGACCCGAGGAAAGCCUGGGCCACUUCCUGGAGGGCCUGGGUGCCAUCUUCUCCCACGAGCCCUGGCUCCAGCUGUGCCGGGACAGGGGCAGCAAGUUCUGGAGCUGCAAGGCCACCCGCCGGCAGGUGCCCACCUCCUUUGGUGCCCCUGGUGAGGACCAGGUCAUGCUCAUCUUCUAUGACCAACGCAAGGUGCUGCUGUCCCAGCUACACCCACCCGCAGCCCUGCCUGACCGCCAGGCCGGGGAUGCCACAGCCAGUGCUGGGGGCCUGGCUGCUGUCUUCGACACGGUGGCUCGCAGUGAGGUGCUCUUCCGAAGUGACCGGUUUGAUGAGGGCCCUGUACGACUGAGUCACUGGCAGUCAGACGGUGUGGAGGCCAGCAUCCUCGUGGAGCUGGCCAAGCGGGCCUCGGGACCCAUCUGCCUGCUGCUGGCCUGCCUGCUGUCACUCGUCUCAGCUGUCAGUACCUGCUGGGUAUUCAAGCUGUGGCCAUUGUCCUUCAUCUGGAGCAAGCUCUCCACAUGUGAGCAGCUGAAUCAUCGGCUAGAGCAGCUCAAGCUCAUCUUUAGCCCCCAGAAGGCUGAGAACCCCUCUCAGCUGAUGAGGAAGGCCAACAUCCUUGUCUCCGUGCUCCUCGAUGUGGCCCUCGGCCUUACGCUGUUGUCCUGGCUCCAUGGGAAAGACCGCAUUGGGCAGCUGGCCGAUGCCCUCGUCCCUGUGGCUGACCGUGUGGCAGAGGAGCUCCAGCAUCUGCUGCAGUGGCUGAUGGGUGCACCUGCUGGGCUCAAGAUGAACCGGGCACUGGACCAGGUGCUAGGCCGCUUCUUCCUGUACCACAUCCACCUGUGGAUCAGCUAUAUCCAUCUUAUGUCACCCUUCAUUGAGCGAAUCCUAUGGCAUGUGGGCCUCUCAGCCUGCCUGGGCCUGACGAUCGCCCUCUCCAUCUUGUCGGACAUCAUCGCCCUCCUCACUUUCCACAUCUACUGCUUCUAUGUCUAUGGAGCCAGGCUGUACUGCCUGAAGAUCUAUGGCUUAUCUUCACUCUGGCGCCUGUUCCGGGGAAAGAAGUGGAAUGUUCUGCGCCAGCGGGUGGACUCUUGCUCCUAUGACCUGGACCAGCUGUUCAUCGGAACUUUGCUCUUCACUGUCCUCAUCUUCCUGCUGCCUACCACGGCCCUGUACUACCUGGUGUUCACCCUGCUCCGGCUCCUGGUAGUCACUGUACAGGGCCUGAUCCAUCUGCUCGUGGACCUCAUCAACUCCCUGCCACUAUAUGCACUUGGCCUCCGGCUCUGUCGGCCCUACAGGCUUGCAGCCGGUGUGAAGUUCCGAGUCUUGGAGCAUGAGGCUGGCAGGCCCCUCCGCCUCCUGAUGCAGAUAAACCCCCUGCCAUAUGGUCGUGUGGUGCACACCUACCGCCUCCCCAGCUGUGGCUGCCACCCCAAGCACUCCUGGGGCUCCUUAUGUCGCAAGUUAUUCUUCGGGGAGCUCAUCUACCCUUGGAGGCAGAGAGGGGACAAGCAAGACUGAAGAACCAAGGCUACCAGCCUGCCCAGCACCACUACAUGACCAAGAUGAAUUCCUGGGUCCCUGACACCUCCCAGCUGCCUCAGUGGAGCAGUGGCCAACCAAUCUGGGGGAUCCAAGCAGUCGCUGAACACUAGCCCACACCAGCAGCUCCAAUGAGCCAGGGCCCUUCAGGAAGCUGGAUGGCCGUGCCUCACACACUGAACUGCACAGGAUUACUUGUGAUGCUUCCUGGGGAGAUUGCUUUGCAGGAGGAGCCACCCACAGGUCUUUGGGGGACCCUGUGUGAAGCCAGACUACAUGGGGUGCCCGGCUCUGCCUUGCUAUAAGCUUAGUGCCACCUGCCCAGCUGCCCAGUUCCUGCCCUGCACCUGCCCUGUGCCCCUGCAGCAAUAGACCCCUUGGACAAAUCUUCCACCUUCCCUCACUGGCUUCUUGUGGAAGCAGGCUGCUCCUGGGCAGAUGCUUUUAUGGCCCCAGGGAGUGGUCCUGGCUCUCAGGUUACAUCUGCCUGCUGGCUGGCCGCAGAGUCUAUGUGGGUGUGAGCCCUGGAAUCCCCAGUGGGAGGAAGCCUGAAGAUGUGACGGUAUCACAUGCAGUUUGUCAUCUUGGAAUUGGAAACUGUCCUAUAGGCAGUGGGGGGAAGUGCUCUCUGUUCAUCGUGUGCUCUCGGGACUAUCUGCUUCUCCUGCCCACACUCCUUGGCUGCCAGCCACAGUAGGGGACCCCUGGGGAAGUCUCCACCAGCUCAGUGUCCGGUGGGACUAGUCCUGGCUCUGCCUUUCUCUGCUGUGACAUUAAAGCCUCGCAUGUGUUUGAGUGGGCCACUCUACCUUCCCAUUGCCCCGUGUACAGUGGGUCUGGGGUGGGGCGGGGGAGCUCCUCCUGGGGUGAUGGGACAGCUGGCCCUCACUGUGUUCUGAGAUGACUACCUCAUCUUUUCCGGUGACGCCAACAUGAGGAGAAUUGGGAGCCCUGUCUCAUGGAGCAGGCCUCUCUGCAGGUCUGGUGGGUAGGUGUGUAGGCCCUGGCCCUUUGAAGAUAUUCUGGAGUGGGCCGGUGGAGCCAGGGCCACUUGCUCUUGGGUUUCGGCCUUGCCCUUGCAUGGGGUCUCCCAGGGCUAGAGUGCAGGCCUUCCGGCAGGCGAGGAUUGAGCCACUCCUGGCUCUGAUGAAUAUGUCAUCACCUGACACUCAAAGACUCUAUGCAUGGUAGGGUACUCCUGACUGUCUUACAGCCUCCAGGGACCCUCAGGUAGCCUCUUCUGCACCUGCUGUGUAGAAGAGGGGCUGGAGCCCAGGGAAGUCAUUCAGCAACUCUCAGGCCUGCACCUUCACCUCCCAGAGGGCCCUGCAUAGGUCUUGGUGGGCAAGGACUGCACCCCUAGCACCUUAUGAGUACAGCCUCCACCACUUGCAUUUCUGGAAUUCAGUGAAUUCUCUUCCUACCUUCUGUGGCCAACCUGCUCAUCCUUUGCCCACUUUUGCCCCUGGUUCAUGCCGGACAUACAUAAGGUUUCUGGCUUUGUCCACCUGUGGGACUUUAAUGGGGCCUUUCCUUGGCACCAGGCCUGGACCAAGGCAUCUAGAGUAACUGAAAUCUUUAUGGGUGCUCCCACAGAACCUGGGCACAGAGCUUUGGGGCCAAGGUCUGUUUGCCCCAUUGGUUGAACCCCAGACACUUAAAAAGGAGGGCUUGGAGUACAGCAUAGAGGGCAGUGGGUCUCCUGGAGGUGAAGGGCAAAGAUAUCCCAGACCUCUCCCUUUGUCCCCCAACUCCCCACCUGGACAGAGACUGAGUCUGGAGUCCUAGCCCCAUCCUGUCCAGAGCCUGUGGGUGUGGGAGCUGCAGAGGAAACACUUCUCGGACUUACUUAACCACCCAACACGCAGGCUGCUCAGCAGGGCAGACCCAGGACUUAAAAGCAGAGGGCCAUGUGGGCUGCUUCGUCCUUGGCCUGAGGCCCCUCAGUGGCUGGGAUGCUGUCCUGUCCUUUCCUCAGUCCCCCAGGACUCCAGGACAUCCUUGUACAAGGGCAUACCACUACUUGGGAAGCCAGCUACUCUGUCCACAAGUCCUCCUGGAUACCAAGAAGUGGUACCUCUCUAGCUAUUCUCCCUUAACUGGGCCCUGCUGCCUCAGACCCUGUGGGUUCCUGUGGUGCCUUUCUGCUCUGAGGCUGGGGAUCUGAGAUGCAGGAUCCCAGCAGAGGACCAAGUCUCUGACAGGAGGUCGCUGAGACCUGCUCCCAGGAUCACACCCCGUGGACAGGCUCCUAACCUACAAAGCAGGGAUGGAUGCUCCACAUGCUGUGCUGGGAAAGCUCAGUCAGAAAGUGCAUUGCUUUGUCCUGGGCAUUGGAGAACAGGCCUACAGCUGCUGGAGCUCCUUCAGGGGAGGUCCUGAGAGGUAAGAGGGCACUUUUGAUUUAAAUUCUCUGGAAAGGAGAUGAUAAUAGCUUAUCACCAACCAUUCCUUCCAGGUAGCCUCAGAAAUUGAGAAGGAAAUAUUAACUUCAUGGUGCUUCCAGUUCUUGGAGAGGGGCCUGGGUGACUUCAGAGUAAAGAAUGGGCAGGGCCAAGGCAGAGGUAGGCUUAAGGCUGGGCACAGUGAUCCCUGCCUUGAUGACCCCAAGGGCCCUCCCCAACCUGCCAGGUGGAGGUUCAGGGGUGGGCAAGCACCAGCUACUGGCUCCCCCUGUGCUGCAUCAGUCCCUGGUGCCUCUGGGGACUUAGUCCUCUGCCCCCGGCCAACUGAGGGCCAACAAGACUGCCUAUUGGCUGUUUUGGUAAACAUGUGUUGUGAGUGGAUGUGCCUUUUCUGUAAACAUCAGAAGCCAUGUCUGCUUGGAACCCAGCUUCCAAGGAACAGCCACUCCCUGGGAGGGAAGACAUGGCCUAAGGAAAUGCACAAGCAGGUCCUUCGGGGUUCCUGGUGGCUCUGUCCCUCCCUGGCUAGGCUCUGCUCCCCCAGCAUCAUAGCUUCCUGCUUCCCCAGAGGGCCAGGAGGACACCUGGCAGGAGACUCAUUGAAGGCCCAGGCACUCACCAGGUGCUGCCCACCCAACAGAGGGUCCUGCUCCUUAGGAAGCCUCUCCAGGCACCAUGCCAGAAUGAAAAGGCAGUCCAAGUUACUCACUGCUCAGUAAAGGCUGUCUGCAGCUUUGGGGUGGGGGUCACUUGGCAUGGGGCUGCCCAUGCAGCAGUCUGCUAUCUGUGAAGACCACCUAUUGUUGGAAGGUACGGUACAGAUGCAGUGACCUUUUGGGAGGAAAGUUCUUGCUGCUUGUUCCUCCCCAGUUGGAUGGACCUGUUAGCCGGCUGUACUCGGAGCAGCACACUGGGGUGUGACUGCUAUGAUAACGGCUUGUUCCCUCUGCACAGAUCUACUUUUUAGGAAGAUCUAGUUCUCAUGUAGUUUCUCCCUAGUGUGCACCACUCUGCACCUGGUCUAAUAAGGGCUGUAUUUGGCUCUGUUUUGACAAUUCUUUUGACUUAUUUUUUUUAACAGCUUUAUUGAGGGCAUAUUUUACAUAUUAUAAAGUUCACCCAUUUCAAGUGCACAAUUGAAUGAUUUUUAGUAACUUUACCAAGUAGUAUAACCAUCACCAGUUUUAGAACCAUUUUUAUCACCCCUUAAGCAGUCACUCACCAUUUCCCCUUACCCCAGGCCCUGGCAACCACUAAUCUACUUUCUGUCUAUGGAUUUGCCUAUUCUGGGCAUUUCAUAUAAAUGGAAUGUAACAUUUAUCAGUACUUUAUUCCUUUUUAUGGAUGACUAUAGACACCGUGUGGAUAUACCACAUUUUGUUUAUCCAUUGAUCUAUCAGUGAAUGUUUCGGUUGUUACCACUUUAUGGCAAUUGUGAAUAAUGCUGCUGUGAACAUUCAUGUAUAAGUUUUUGUGUGGAUGUUAUGUUUUCAUUUCUCUAGCAGUGGAAUUGCUGCAUUGUGUGGUAAUUUUAUGCUUAACUUUUUGAGUUACUUAUAAGUUACAUGUCAUAUGUGAAUAUAUUCUCAUAAAAAAUGUCAUCAAUGAAGAGAAAGUCACUCUUGAUCCUCAAUCCUAUAGGAAACAAUGCUGUCCCUUUGGUGAGCAUCUUUCCAGAUCUUUUCCUACAUGAGCAUUCUGUUUCUCUUUAUGUAAAUCCAGAAUGAAAUGAUUUGUUAGUUUUUUUAAUCAUAAAUAUUGAAAUUACACAGGA